AUGUCUGGACGUGCACCGACUGCAUACCGAGUGCCAUCUCGCCAAGGAACUGGCUUCCGUGGGACAACAGGAAUGAGAGGUGGCGACGCCUCUGGCGGAGCCUCAGUCCCUGACGUCACUGUCGUCAAUCGCCCUAUCACUAAUCACGGUCUUACCGGAAUUCAAGCCCAAAAAUCAGGGCCGGGGCGUGUUUACUAUGACAAAUCUUACUAUUUAGGUGAAAUUCGCAAGAAAAACCAAGAGCUGAUGACAGAAAUCGAGAAAUUCUCUAACGAAAUGGAAGAAAUCAACCGCGAUUCCAAUAUGUUCAAAGUCCUUGAGAAAAAACGUGAAGCUCUAAUUAAAGAAGUCAGGAAUUUAGAAGGAGAAUUGGCUGACUACAAUUUGUCACUAUCCUCUAACAACUUGAUUUAUCAUAUUUCAAAAUAUUUAUAGCAAAAUAAUAUUUAAUAUCCUAAAAUAUAGAUAAAAAAAGAGGAGAAGCCCAAGCUGAAGAAGUUUUAAGCAAUUAUGAAUUCAUGAGGGUGCAGAACCAGCGACAGCGAGAAAUGCUGGAUUCUCUCUUUUUAGAAAGAAAAGGCAUGGAAAACCAACUCGCUGCAAUUGAGCAUGAAAUAGCGACCAUAAAUGCUCAAGCUGAAGAAAGACUUACUGAGCUGGAGCCUGACCAGCGCCAAGAAUAUGUCCAACUGCAAAAUGAAAAUAAAAAUUUAGAAGACGAAAUUGGCCAGAAAAAGCAGCUUCUUGACAAUGUAAAUCAAAGACUUGUGAUGGCUGAUGCCAAGCUGAGAACUGAUGUGAUGAAACAAAAAGCCAACCAUCUGAGAGAACAAAAAGAAAGCCUCCUGAGGAGAAAAGAAGACUUAGAAGUCCAAACCAAUGACCAAAAUUUAUCAUUCCCAGAAGCCAGAGAAAAGCUUCUAGCAAGGGUCAAGGCUGAUAAUCAGGUCAUAAAAGAUAUUGAAAGCAGGACCAAAGAGGUAGAAAAAGGCAUCGCGAACUAUAAAAAACAAAUAGAAGAGAUGGAGCAGGAGCUGAAAACGAGCAGUGAUACUUCUCAUAUACAGAAGUAUGAAAUUCUAAAUCAGAGAGACCAGGAAAUGACCCAGUUUAUUGAGAGCUUUGAGACAACCAAAAAAAAUGAGCUGGAAAUGAUAAAGACCUUGGAGGAUAAUAUUUCGAAUUUAUAGUAAAAAUGGGAUGAAUUAAGGAAUUUGGAGGAAAAUAAGGAAAAAUCAAUAGAAAUUAGGAUACUUGAACAGAUUUCAAGGAUUUUAGAUAGAAAAGAAAGCAUGCCAACCCAACAACAAGUCCAAGAAUGGGGUAGCGAUUUAGCGUUCAAAAAAGGCCAGACCGCUAAUGCAGCUGCCACUAUGGAAAUGCUUAAGCGGCAACUUGCAGAGCGCCAAGCAGACUUAGAAAAAGUGAAAAACCUUGACCAAAGGAUCCCACAGCAGCUUAAAGGGAUCCAAGAAAAAACAGCCCAAAUUCAAGAAGAGCUCCGUACUAAAUAUAACAAUAUAGAAGAUAUGAGAAUUGCAGCACAAGAAAACUUAAACAGGCUUUAUAAGACUAAAGAAUAUUUAGUCAAUAAAAAAGACACCCUAAGCCAACAGCUGAGAGCUUUAACUAUAAAACUUGACACCAAAAAGCAGCAAAUGGGCGAUGUCAAAUUUUAUGCUGUUUUUGAAUGAUUUGUGAUAUCUUAUGAGAAAAUAAUUAAUAGAAAUGGCAAAGCUAAAUAUAAGGCUAUAAGAGGGUAGGCCACUAGCCUGUAUAUCUGGUGUAAACCCACCUCCCUAGGUUAGAGCACUUCUUGCAGAUGUCCUAUUAGUCCUGAUAAGCAAAGACUAAGUGGGAGGCAAAAACUGCCUAGAAGCAGGGAAAACCUUCGGGGGAAAAAGAACCCUUCCCUCUUCAGCAGGUAUCCCCAAACCCGAAACGCCUACUUUAAAAAGUGACAGAGGCACUAUUUUCACCUUCAUCAAGACGAGUCCUACCUGAUCCAUAGGGCGUCCGUCUCGCUGUCAAUCUUCGGUCUCCAUUACCAUUUUAUUUUAGAAAUGGCAAGGGUAUAUAAAGAAUUGCAAGAAACUGAAAGCAAAAUGACUAUUAAUGAGCAAACUAUUUUUGGGCUGAAAAGCUAUAUUGAAAGUAAAGGAGCAGAAACCAAUUAUGGCCCUAUUAUGAAUGACUGUAUGAGAAUUUUAGAAGACAUCAAUAAUACGCUAUUAUCAAGAUAUAACUAA